UUCACCGCCUUCAACAGGUCCAGAAUCUUCUCAAAUGGCGGGAUUCUUCACGUCACUGUUUCAAUGGUUCACAGGGUUAUUCUUUUCCAAACAGGCUGAAAUUGCCGUCGUUGGGUUACAGGCUUCUGGGAAGACCUCGUUUGUCAACGUUAUAACCUCUGGCCAGUGGAGCGAAGAUGUUGUGCCCACCGUGGCAUUCAACUUUCGGAAGAUCAGGAAGGGCAAUGUAACACUGAAGAUUUGGGACGUCGCUGGUCAGCCAAAGUUCCGCUCCAUGUGGGAGAGGUAUUGCAAUGGAGUGGACGCGAUUGUUUAUGUUGUGGACGCCGUUGACCAAGACAAGUUCAACACUGCACGCUUUGAGCUACACCAACUCCUUUCGCAGCCUGGGCUGGCAGGAGUGCCACUGUUGGUGCUCGGGAACAAAAACGACUUGGACGGGCACGCUUCCGUCAAAGAACUGAUCAAAAACCUUCAACUGGACAAGAUUACAGAUAGGGCUGUGUCGUGUUACUCGUGUUCGAUGAAGAGCCAGCACAAUCUAGACAUCGUGUUGCAAUGGCUAGCAUCCAAGAGUCAUUAGGCAAGCACAUCCCCACAAGCCUUCCAUUUCACACCACCACUCUGUAUUAUUAUUCCCCCUCUGGAUAUCUGUCGGCUUGGACAUUCGCAGUUUCGCUUCCUUCUGGAAGUCUUUCAGGUGUAUAUCAUUGUUUCGUCAUAUGCUAUUCCCGGGUAAUACACGCGCACGCAACUUGCAUA